AUGCCGUACCUGAAGGCCAGUACGGAGUGGUACGAGCAGUCAUCGCUGCUGCUGAAGGCAAGGCCGACAAGUACACGCAUUACAUCCAAAUACACCGUCUUGAAGCCCUCAGCCUCGAAGAUAAAGAAGCGCGAAAAGUACGCCGCCAAGCAGGCAGCGAAGCCGGCAGACACCUCACGCACAUCGUCGCCGCCGCCGCAAUCGAACCCCACAGGUGUCACAGCCACUUUCGUUUUGAAGACAUACGACCCCGUGUCCGGCACAUGUUUGCAGUAUGAAACAACAAAAGGCGCCGAAGUAGGGCGACUAAUCAACAGUCUGGGAAGGUUAGGGAGGGAAAUGGCGGGGCUGCCGGAGGCCAUUGACGACCUGAGCGCACCGCAAGAUGCUAGUGUUGCGACGCCAAAUGUUGACGAGCAGGAGGAUAUCAAGACUGGUGGUGUGCCGGUGCCAGCAGCGGCAGGAACAGGAGGCGGAAAAAAGAAGAAGAAGGGCAAGAAAUAA